AUGCACCGCUCCCCGUUGGCACAAUGUACGGCGUGCCGUGUAUCGGUGCUCGACGCCUUCACAUCUCUAGUCACAGGCGUUUCGAUCCCGGUCCAGACUCAUCGAGGAGCGACAAUACUAAAGACUGGGUCAAGACUACCGUCGCGGCACCCGUUACCGUUACCAUUGCCAUUGCGCCCACACCAUUACCCAGGCUCCAGAGCGUUCAGUGGUCUUUCAGCGCGGCGACAGACUUCUGCUAAACAACCGUCCGCCGAAUUUCAUACACAGUCCCCGUCUACCUUCUCGUCAUCGUCAGCAUCGGCUACACAAUACUCCUCCGAACCGACUUCGACAUCUGCUGAACAAUUAGACUCUACCCCCUCCGAGCCGGAAGAAGACCCGACGUCACGGUCCUCAAUACCAUGGUACCUACAGGUCGAAGAACCCGUCCCACCAUCGCCCAUCUCACCGCUCCUCGCGCUGCAAGAAAUCCCCCCCUUACCGGCUGACCCGCCUGCGAUCCUCCAACCCGUGCUCGAACACCUAUCCGUGCAAAUCGGCCUGGACAAUCUCGUCCUCCUGGACCUCCGGCACCUCGACCCGCCGCCGGCCCUGGGCGCGAAUCUGAUCAUGGUGAUCGGCACGGCGCGCAGCGUCAAACACCUCAACGUCUCGGCCGACCGGUUCUGCCGCUGGGUACGCCAGCAGUACAAGCUCCGGCCGUACGCAGAUGGCUUGCUGGGCCGGAACGAGUUGAAACUGAAGUUGCGCCGGAAGGCGAGGAAAUUGAAACUCGCGCAGACCGUGGGCAAUACGAUGGCGGGGAAGGAGGUCGAUGAUGGGAUUACCACGGGGUGGAUUUGUGUUAAUAUGGGGCCGGUGGAUGAUGCUGUUUUGCCGUUGUCGGGCAGAGUUGAAGAUCAGCUGGACGGUGGGGAUGUGGCUGCUGAAAGUGAGUUAGAGGCUGCUGCCGGUGAUGCGGGACGAGUGCCUCAUCAGGCGCAGUCGGAGGAGUUGAAAGACGAAGAGGAGGAUGACGAAGAAGAAGAUGAAGAAUAUCGAAAUCCCUCGGAUGGCGAGUAUGUCGGGUUUGGAAGUCGGCCGAACUCUCCUAGGGUCGUGGUGCAGAUGUUCACCGAGGAGAAGAGGGUCGAGAUGGAUCUGGAGGGUCUUUGGGAUGAGAGGAAUACGCGACGAGCCAGGCAUGUGGAGAAAGCUAUUGCUGAGGCCGAGGCUGAGGCAGAGGCUGAGGCCGACGCGGAGGCCGAGCUCGAGAAGAUCAAGUUGGAAUAG